GCGCUUUUCCCUCCCCUCGAUGCUGGAGUCUGCUCGCCUGCUGGUUUCUGCCUGGUCGGGUUUGGUUUUUCUCCCGCAUGGGGGAUCCGGACUCCGGGAGGAUGCGCUUUUCGGAGGAACAGACACUUAAAGUUGCGUCCUGCAGAUAGAUUCGGAUGCGUUGCGCGCUGGAAUGAACAAUGUGUCAGCCGCUGGGUGCUCUGUCCGGGGGCGCGCGCUGGCUCCGGCUGCUGCUGCUGUGCGUGCUGGAGUUGGAGCAGGUCGCGGGGAUCGCGACUUUCCAGGGCUUCUACCUCCCACCUGCGAGCGGGUCGCCGCUCUCCCCCGCGCGCCGGACGGACGGGGUGGUGCGGACCGUUGACCGGAUCUACCACGGCGGCGGGAGGGUGGGCUACCUGCUGUACCUGAACGGGAGCCGCUUCCAGCUGGACAUGGAGCGGGACGAGUCGGUGCUGUCGCAUCACCUCAGCCCGCAGUACGUGCGCGCCCUGCUGGGGCCGGCGCAGCGGGAGUGCGUGUACCGGGGCACGGUGGACUCCAACACGGAGUCCCUGGCCGUCUUCAACCUGUGCGGCGGGGGUCUCCACGGAUUCUUCGCCGUGGACCACGCGCGCUACACCAUCACACCCAUCGUCAGGGCGAAGGGACACGAGCACGACGUGCGCGCCCUGCAGGACAAGGACGCGGAGAGCGCGCUCCACGUGUUCACGCGCGAAAGUUUCAGCUUCGAGGCCAUGGGCGAGGGGCGCGAGAGCUGCGGGACGCGCGACGGGCGCAGAGGGCGCAGGGAUGCCGCCGGGAGGCGGCGGCGCCGGGGGAAGGGGAACCGGGACCGGGAGGCGGCGGCGGGCGGGGAGGACCACGGCGCGCGCGGGAGGACGCGCUGGAGCCGCUUCACUGCUCCGGACCGUGGCGCGCGGCGCAGGAGGUCGGUCUCUCGCGCCCGGCACGUGGAGCUGCUGCUGGUGGCGGACGAGACCAUGACCAAGAAAUACGGCAAGGACUUGAACCACUACUUGCUCACGCUGGCGUCCAUCGCGUCCAAGCUGUACGGACACGCCAGCAUCGAGAACCCCAUCCGGCUGUCGGUGGUGAAGGUGACCGCGGUGACGGAGCGGGAGAAGGGGCUGGAGGUGUCCAAGAACGCCGCGGCGACGCUCAAGAGCUUCUGCAAGUGGCAGAACCAGCAGAACCCGCUGGACGACGACCACCUGCACCACCACGACGCCGCCAUCCUCUUCACCAGGCAGGAUCUCUGUGGACACCACUCCUGCGACACGCUGGGCAUGGCCGACGUCGGCACCAUCUGCUCUCCGGAGAGAAGCUGCGCCGUGAUCGAAGACGACGGGCUCCACGCCGCCUUCACGGUGGCUCACGAGAUAGGCCACCUGCUGGGUCUCUCUCACGACGACUCCAAGUUCUGCGAGGAGCGCUUCGGGGUCAACAGCGACAAGAGGCUCAUGUCGUCCAUCCUCACCUCCAUCGACGCCUCCAAGCCCUGGAGCCGCUGCACCUCGGCGACCAUCACAGACUUUUUUGACGACGGCAAUGCCGAGUGCCUCCUGGACUCGCCCCGGCAGCCCCUCCUGGGCCCCGAGGAGCUCCCGGGCCAGAGCUACGACGCCGUGCGGCAGUGCCGCCUGGCCUUCGGCCCGGAGUACACCGUCUGCCCCGGCAUGGACGUGUGCUCCCGGCUGUGGUGCGCCGUGAUCCGCCAGGGCCAGAUGGUGUGCCUGACCAAGAAGCUGCCGGCGGUGGAGGGCACGCCGUGCGGGAAGGGACGCAUCUGCCUGCAGGGGAAGUGCGUGGACAAGACCCGCAAGAAGCACUACUCGGCGUCCAAUCAUGGCAGCUGGAGCUCUUGGGGCUCAUGGGGUUCCUGCUCAAGAACAUGUGGAGGCGGCGUGCAGUUCGCCCAGCGUUUGUGCAACAACCCACCACCAAGGAACAAUGGGCGCUACUGCACGGGCAAGAGAGCCAUCUAUCGGUCUUGCAAUGUCACGCCGUGUCCGGUGUCAAGUAAGAGCUACCGCCAAGAGCAGUGUGAGGUACGCAACGGUCCCCAAACAGAUCCCAAGGGGGUGAAGACUUUUGUUGAGUGGGUGCCGAAGUACGCGGGAGUCCUCCCGAAGGAUGUUUGCAAGCUGACAUGUCGAGCCAAAGGGACGGGAUACUAUGUGGUGUUCUCUCAGAGGGUGGUCGACGGGACCGACUGUCGUCCGUUCAGCAGCUCGGUGUGCGUCAAAGGAAAAUGUGUCCGGACGGGCUGUGACGGCAUCAUCGGCUCCAAGCUCCAGUUUGACAAGUGCGGCAUCUGCGGCGGCGACAGCACCGGAUGUGUACGGGUGGUGGGCAACUUCACCAAGAAAAGCAAGGGCUACACGGACGUGGUGAGGAUCCCUGCAGGUUCGACUCACAUCAAGGUCCGUCAGUACAAAGCGAAGGACCAGACCCGCUACACCGCCUACCUGGCCCUCCGACGGCCCGGCGGCGAAUACCUCCUGAACGGCAAGUUCAUGAUCUCCACCUCCGAGACAAUCAUCCCGCUCAACGGAUCGGUGCUCAACUACAGCGGGUGGAGCCAGAGGGACGAGUGGCUUCACAGCAUGGGCCCCGGGGCCAUCCAGGAAGCACUGGUCAUCCAGAUUCUAGCCACGGAUGCCAAAAAGCCCCUGGAUGUACGCUACAGCUUCUUCAUGCCCCGGUCGACGGCGCCGCAGCAGCCGUCUGCCCCGAUCAUUCCAAACACGAAGUCAACACCUUCCCAGACGACAGCGCCAACCACCACGAGGACCACCACCACCACAAGUCGCACCACCGCAUCUUCCCCAACUCCAGCUUCCACCGCCCCAGGGCCUCCUCCCCCGACGGCAGGGCCACAGUGGGUCACGGGGGUCUGGAUGACCUGCUCCAGGACUUGUGACACUGGCUGGCAGAGCCGAACGGUUCAGUGUAAAGACCAGGACGGGAAACUGUCUAAAGGCUGCGUGCUGGGGUCUCGCCCCUCAGCCUUCAAACACUGUCUGGUCAAGAAAUGUUGAGGUGGCAGAAGAGGAGCGUGGUGCAAUCCCAUAAACAUCUCAAGCGGUGGAUGUAGGACUCUAAUGAACAAAAGAAGUAGAACCUUAAACUGGACUGUGAAUGUUGGCGGAAAGCGCCGGAACUGGACACAAAGACACUCGGAGACAGAUGUGAAUGGAUGUGGCGAUGCAGAGCAUGAGUAGAACAGGAGAACUUUUUACGAUAGUGACGAGCACCGUGUGACAGAGCUAAGGACUAUGUAGCAUGUCAUUUCCACGUGGACAACAGCUGAUUGUACAUCCGUCUCCACAGUGUGGGGCCCAGUGUCGGCAUGCCUGUCGUGUUUUCUUAUGCUUCCUUGUGGAUUUGGAAGUCAGUCCCUUCAGUCUUUUGUCAUGAGGACCCUGGAUCGUCUCGUCCUGCGUUUUUGCUCAGAAAGUUCAUAUAACUGGACCAUUUCUGUCUAGAUAUAGCAAAUAUGAUUAAAAAAAAAAAAAUCACAUCUCAUUAAAGGUACAGCACACCGUGAUUCCAUUAAUGCCACUUUUGUGAGUUAGCAGGAAGUGGUGGGCCGCUGUAGCAUCUCGUCUGUCCUCAGACCAGAAGUUCCGUUUUAGCUAGCAUUUGGCAGGAGUCUCAGGCACUCUUCCAUCCGUAUUGGCACAAGCUACGUCUUCCUCACUGGUUUGCUUGAGGAUAAACUCGAAAUGAAUGUAACUCACCACACUGCCUGAUGUUACAUGAGGAUAGAGAGAGAACGAGUGCGCUGGCACAAUGCUGCCACCCAGUGCACAAACAUGGCAUUACUUCAAUAUGUCCUGUUGUACCUUUAAGCGAGAAAUUUGACAUAACGUACCGACGGGGGGCUGAUUUAACCAAUCAUCUGUGCAGUGCAGGGACAGCAGCAUGCCAUCGUGGAAGACAAGUCUGCAAACGGGCAACGCUGCCGUGACGCUCCUUCAUGUAAACGGAGGUUAAUGACGAAUCGCGGGUUUUGGGGCGAAGCUUGAUUUUUGUGCCUGUGUAGCGUGUAAGUGCGUCCCUGUGUGUGUACUUGUUGCACGCUCACACAUAACAUGUUCCCCAGGCCUGUUUUCAGCACAUACGUGUUUUUGUUCUCCACUGUGUCUUGAAGCUCCUUCACUCUCGGCUCCACUUGUAUCAAUCAUUAUACUGGAGCUGGGAGGACGGUCGUGUUUGUGUGUGUGUGUGUGUGUGUGUGUGUGUGUGUGUGUGUGUGUGUGUGUGUGUGUGUAUGUGUGUGAGAGCGAGAUAGAGAGAGUGUGUGUGUGUGCAUGUGUGUGUUUGUUAAUAUCUGUUUGUAUGUUCAUGUGAAUUGAUGCUCAUUUGACAAUGUGUGCCCUGGAUACUCGCAACGACAGCAGUCAUUAUUGUCCUUCAGGAAUUCAUCUCUUCUGUUUUUCGGCUCAUUUUCCAGCCUGUGUCUGUCAUUGAUUUUUUUUCUUUUUGUCUUUUUUUUUUUUUUCUUUUACUCUGAUGGGUGGGAUUGGCUGCGGUAUGGACAUUCUGAACAGUCCAUUAGAGAGGCAUCAAUAGAGUUACAUUUGGUGGAGGGUCUCUAAAGGUCACCCGGACUCCCAGUUUUUGCUGAAUAACAUUUUGUCCGUUCAGAGCUUUGAAAUGUAUUUGUUUCCAGUUCCUUUAUUGUCAUUUUAGCAGAAGAAAAUGCUCCUGCUUUUGGCUUUUGGACAAUCCUUUGACCUCACUGUCUAUUCAAAACCAUUUUUUCCUGCAAAACAAUACAAGGCAGAUGUUCUUUCCUUCCAGUUGUUCAUUAAGAUCAAAAUUAAACCAGCAAAUGUCCUAGCAUCAGCAUCCGAAGAGAUUCAAAUACGACAAGUGCAAUCUACAGAUUUAAAAUAGCAUAUUUCAUUCAGUUUCCCAGACUUGAUCUGUAAAACUGGCUCUACCAUGCUUAUUUCUGUAAUGUUAAGCUAAGCUAGCGAGCUAUCAGUUGGAGGGUCUGUUCCUCUGUCAGGUAUCAGUGGUUCCGGUUUUCUUUCAGCAGAACAGCAAAGGGAGCCAUUUUUACACAGGUUUGUUUUUAAAGGCUGAACUCACUCUGCUCGAGCCUUUUCAGAAAUAUUCUGUUGUAAUGCUAAGCUAGGCUAACGUGGCAGCCGCUGAAGGGCCUGCCCGUGUGAGGUAUCAUUCUUCUUCGCUAACUCUCAGCAAAACAGCAGAAAGCAUCAUGUUUAAGAAUGUCGAACUGUUUUCAAGUUUAAAGCUGCACACACUACAGGGUUAGUCUGCAUUGUUUAUACAGGCCAUUUCAAACCCUCCGCUCUGACUCUAUGUAUCAUGUUUCUAUAAUUUCUUACUCACUUGCAUCAAGAAUUUCUCUUACAUAGCAUUGUUAAUGUUUCUGUGAAAGUUAACACUGAGAGCGUCCCCUCAGUCAAUGAGGCGCCACCAUUACAGAGUGAAGUUGAUUACGCCGCUAAUGGACUUAAAAAUACUUUCCUGCAAUUGUGUCGAAGCGUCUGGCUGCCAUUAGGUUUUUCCUGCGUGGUAAACCUCACCCAUGCGGCAUCUGCAGUUCCAAAACGAAGCACGAGAAGCAUUUUCAGACUCUAAAUGGUCGACAUAUCAUCCGUCCCCUUUCCGCUCUUCACUCGCAUUUCCAUUGACUUACACAGCGGAGCUUGAACAAUGAAACAAAUGAACUCGUGUGCAUAUUCAAAUCUCUCGGGCGUGUUCCAUGCAAAUUCCGAGUAUUUCAGACACACACACACACACACACACACACACACUCUACAAUCACACACACAAACUACUCUGACAGUUCUGGCUGAACGACAGAAACACAGCACUGAACUUGUAAUUUAUUGUUUGUACAACUGGUAUGUGUGAAUAAAAAAGAAACAACGAGAUGAGUUUUAUUUAUUAUAGUAAUUUUGUAUCGAAUUACUAUUUAACUUGGGAAUAUGACUGUGCAGAAUCAUUCCUUUGUAAGAAUAUAGUGUUUUCUUUUUCUAGUCAUCCACAUGAAUAUAUGUA